AGGAAUUACCACGUAGUUUUCAGUUUUAGUAAGGCGCAUUUCACAGUAAUAACUCUGUAUGUACUUAUAGAAAUAAAUUUUCCUUCUGAAUUUUGGUUUUAAGAAUUCAUUUAAAUGGCAGCGAGGGUAGGACAGGCCAUGAAUCCGCCGCAUACGACAGAAGAAAGGGCGGUUUUCACGCAGCUGAAGCCGGUGAGGAUGCCGGGGGCGGACAGCGCAGAGGAGGCGGCCGUGUUUGAGGACGUCAAACCCGGGACUCGACUAGAGUUGGACAAAUACCUCCCCCAGGUCAACAGUCCUCUCUUGAGCAACCUGAUUGACACCGUUGACAAGAAAUACAGACGAGACAGCGCCUCUGUCGUUGACGAGUACUUCUCUGAGGACAAAACUGGCACCCCUUACAGCCUCAACAUCAACGUCAUCCUUCCCAGCACCACUCAUCUCCGCACAGGCCUCUACCGGGCCAACACCAAGACUCUCACGCCACAGCAGAUCAAGAUAGAGCCCGGGCUCGAAGUGCCCUGCUCCAUCCCCAACACCACCACCCAGGCCCUGCCAGACUUCACCUCUGUGUUCACCAUGCCGCCUGUAGUCAACAAUGUUUUCAUCAAACCAGACAUGAGCUCUGGAGGAGUGGUGACUGCGCCUGUAGGGUCGCAGCAGCAGCAGCAGCCAAAUUUGGACACAGAGCUUCACAUCGGCCCCCCGGCCCCCCAGCCACAGGUCUACCACAUGCCCAUCACCAGCGCUGCUGACCUCACCAUGACUCUGACCCAAACCAGCCCGUCUGCACACGCCUCCACGAGUGGCAGGACCAUGCUGAACCUCGGCAAUGUUGCGUUACCAACAAGCAACAGCAACUACAUGAUGGUAGAGCAUCAGCUACCGCAGCAUCACAGUUACUACCAGGCCUCUCCGGCCAACUCAUCCCAGCACACAGCACCCCACAGCCUGCCACCCUCACCCCCAAACUCUCAGCCAGGGAGCCCAGACGUUCAGGCGGAGCUGCUCAGCUUAGCGCCCCAACUUCCGCCUCCAUACCAGCAGCGUCUGGGAGGGAUAAAGCUGACAGGGUUGUCUCCGCAUGCUUUGCUCAUGACACACGGCCAGGGUGUCCUGACAGGUCCCAAAUACAACAGGCGGAACAACCCAGAGCUGGAGAAGAGGAGGAUCCACUUCUGCGACUACCCAGGCUGCACCAAAGUUUACACAAAGAGCUCUCAUCUCAAGGCACACCAAAGGACGCACACAGGUGAGAAGCCCUACCGCUGUACGUGGGACAACUGUGACUGGCGUUUCGCCCGAUCAGAUGAGCUCACCAGACACUACCGGAAACACACCGGAGCCAAACCCUUCAAGUGCAUCGCCUGCAGCCGCUGCUUUUCACGCUCUGACCACCUGGCCCUGCACAUGAAGCGCCACCAGAAUUAACUCCGACAUACCUGUAUAUACAAACCAUCCCAACCAUCACACACAAAUACAGCAGUAUCCAGACAUAACAGCCACCUGAACUUAAGCCCAUUAAAGGAAUCAUGAAGAGAUACAGUCCCAAAAUCAUCCCUGUGCACCUGUGUUUAUUCUGGCGCUCAGUGCUAUAAGUUGAGUGAUCGUCAGCAUAUAGCAGUAUCCAGAGCACACCCACAUCAAACACAUUUAGUUGGAAACCAGUGAUGAUCACAUCUUUGUCGCUACACCUACUGGUUGGUCAGGCUUCCUGUUCAAUGGAGGGGUCUGAGGGAGAUGGAGUUAGCUCUCUUUAUGCUUCCUGAUCUCCUGGUGAAACUCCUCUGUGGCAGGUGAAAAGAGGCAGACUCCAGGUGUAUUACAGGAGUCACAUGGUACCACACACCUUCCACAGGCCAACUGGGGGUGCAGUUAACAGUGGGAAUUGGAAUGAAAAAGGGAAAAUGCACAGAAAAGAGAAUCCAAAGGCAGUUUUUUGACGAAUUAUGGACAUUUCAGGCGAACUGGCCUUGUAUGAGUUAGUUGUUCUGUUAUCCAAACAGAGAAAGUAGUUCCCGGCAACAGAACUGUCACGGCAAGCUCUAUGAUACGCAGUAUUUCUGAGAUAAUACUAGUCAUCUGCUAUCAGUCAACACAGUGUUUGCAGAAACACCAAAGCUAAUGAUCUACCAGGGACUCUGGGAUGAUUUUGGUGUCUGUUCUCAUCACUGAACAGAUGCAGUAUGUUCAUUUAAAACAUACACUGGUCCGACGCAUAAAUACGCAACCCAUACACAUUCGCUCGACAUCAUGGAACUAUGUUGUCAGGCUCUUCCGCAGCCUGUGGAACAACCUGAAAACACCUCCUUCUCCUGUAAACAUGAACUAUAUGUUUUCCUACCAAUCUGCUGCCACCUUCAUCAUCAGCAUCAUCACUGUCAACUUUUAUAAUUUUGAGGUAUGAACUUUUUCACGGAGAGGGGGAGCUGUAUUCCCCUCAGUCCUGCCUUUGUAAAUAUUUGUUUAUAUCUGUGUGCAUACAUGUGUCUGAGAAUUCAAUGAAUGUAUUGCGAUUUAUACUUGACAGCCUUUUUUUUUUUUUUUUUAAACAAAUGUUAAUAUGAGUCAUAUUCCAUGUUGAAACUUCCUCCGGAUAUGAUCUCCCUUUAAGGGCCAAAAAGAAAAAAGUAAACACAAAAAUCAACAAACACAAUCAGAGAACUCUCCACGGAAAAGUUAAUAAUCGCCCAGUUAUGCUUGUUUCAGCACAGGUAAUACCUGUCAAGCUCAGAGAGCAGAGUGAUUUGCCAAUGUUUGUAUCCAUGACACUGCCCGUUGCUGCGGCAACCAAGCUCCUCUGACGACAGUCUGCGGUUUGCUUGCGGUUUCUAUUCAGCGCUGUUUUUACCCCCCCCUUUUUUUUCUCUUCUGUAUUUGUUCAACACUUCAACUUCAGAAAGAAAGAGAUGGGUGGAUAAACCUGUUAUGUAAUCAUUCCUUAAUGUUUUAAUGUACAGAGCGGCUGGUAAAUUACUCUCACAGCUCACAGUCAGUCCUGUUUCCUGGACCAAGGGCAGGUUAACGUUCACUUGAUUGCAUGACAUUAAUUGUCAGUUGUGGCUCCGGCAUUCUUUUGGGGUUUAUAAAAAAAAGUCUCUUCUGCCAGCCCAGGAUGCCCACGCAUUUUUGUGCAGUGGUGUAGCUUGAACGUCUGCCAACGACAGGAAUUACAUUUGGGGAAAAAAAUGUUGCACAGUACAAAUGAAGAGUUCGAGAGUCAGUGUCACCAUCGUUGUUCCUGACAAUCUUCUGCCACCUUUUUCUCUUGUAGAGAGAAUAAGAUUAGAAGUUAGAAUAAAAGAAACUAACAUUUAGGGUUGGGUUCAUGUUUGAACCAAAACCAGUUAUGGUGCCGUUAGCUGGGAUUCAGUACCUAUACCCAAUGCCACCUUUUUUAAGUAUUAAACUCUUUUUAAUGAAUUUUAAACUCUUUCUAAAGGCAGUAAUAAAAAUCUUUGAACAAGCAACAGUGAACAAGCAAUUCUGCUUGUCUCUGCCGCCAAGCACCCCGAAGCCAUGAAGGUCUGCAGCUGGAUUUAACAUGAAUUAGUACUUGGUAGUAGCGACGUAAUUCGGUCAAUACCCGUAAACAUACCUAGUUCAGAACCCAAACUCCAGUGACAUCACCACAGACAAACAAUUUGGAGACUGAGUUAAUGUGUAAAUCUAAACCUGCCCUAUAUGAGCUUACUGGUUAUACUGGGUUACAGUGCAAACUUUUCCAGUUUGUCGGAAUAAUAACUGAAAUUCAAAUGUCUUCCAGUGGAGCUUGUAUAGUGAUCAAUGACAUGUACAAAAAUACAGAAAUCCCAGAGUUGAGAAACUGUAUUUGAGGCAGUGAAAUACUUUAUCUACAUGAAUCAUGAUUUAAUUGUCAUUCAUUCACUUUAUCAUUGAUCAUCCACACCUGAUCUCACCUUUUCCUCACUGGUUCUAGCACUUUGCCUUGUCAGAAUACCAGAUACACAUCAACGUAAAGUGAUGCGUGUUAAGGAACAAAACUGAACGUUAGCAAUGUCAUGUUGAGAAAUUUCAAGCAGCUCCAGUUGACUCGCAGACUUGCUCAGUCAUGUUUUUCAAGCCGCCUUUCCACAAGGGGGAGCUGUUUGUUUAGCGCAAGAACAGUUCUAUACUUGUACCCCCUGUCAAUUUGUGUUUCCUAGGAUAGCGAAGGAAUGGCCUGCCUUACUCUUCCCUUUAAUUGGCUUACCCUGACAUUCUUACCAUACCACAACCAGCUCCAACCCUUUUGCUGAGACUUAAUCAAUCCAACCAGUGAAGACAACGAGUAUUAGCCAGUCACAGGCAGAGUGUGGCAAGUCAUUCCUUCACUAACCUAGGACUCGCAGAUUUGUGCCCUGCCUAUUGAAAAUGAAUGUAACAGCAGCAGCACGUCAGACCUGCUGAUGUUGACAUGUUGGUGUCGACCCCUACAGGCAAAGAAAGUAAUAGCUCCUGCGAUUGCUCCACCUGCAGGCAAUGAAUGUUAAAGGUGAAUUUUAUUUAGAGUACUGUUUGCAUUGUGUUCAGUUACUAUUCCAGGCAUUCACAACCAUAGUUCAAGGAUGAAACUUUUCUUAUUAACAAAGUUAAAAUUGUAGUAAUUUUCUUACCGCAGCUGUACCAUAUCACCAUGUCUACAUUUGUAGUAUUAAACUGCUGCUGUUGCAGUUUUUUUUGUUGCCUGUAGGUGGCGCAGUUUGGGCUGUAACUGAAACUAAAAUUUCUGGCUCUGACACUGUGUAGCUGGAUGAUAUUGGUUUGGUUGUUUUCAGUAGUUGUCUUUGCCCUUUUAAAAACCACAGACUUUACGAGCAGAUACUUAAACUUGGCAUUAACUUAAGUGUAACAGGUUGGUGAAGCCAAAACAUUUAGACAGUCGCAGAAACAUUUUUUUUUAUCGUCAUUGCAACCUCACCCUGUUUGCUGAGGCUGCAGGCUCCACCCACCUGCACUCCAUAAAAACAAGUGUGCCGCUUUGAUUGACCCACGUCUGUCCAACAUGUGUUCAUUUAUGGGAAACACAUCCUGUUAUUUCAACACUAUGAUUGUUUUAUUUUUUUAAGAGUUUCUUCUCGAGGAAACAAGUUCUCCUGUCUCCCUCAUGGAGGGAGCACUGACCACCCACUGUGUACAUAACUAUAGUUUCAGCUUCAACAAAAGAAUUUGUAAAUAUUUGUUUGCUUUUAUUUCCUAUUAUAAUAUUAAUAUUUUUUUUUCUUUUUUUUAACUAAUGGGAUUUUAGAUCGGUUGUAUGUAAAUGCUUGUUUAAUUUUGUUUUGAUACUAAAUAUAUGUGUGUAAGAGAAUUUAUCAGUUUAUAUGCAAAUUGAUAAGAACAACAUAUUUUUUGUUUUCUGUUUGUGCAGAUGCUGCAAUGAAAUAAAAAGAUUCAUAAAAUAA